UCGGAGCCUGGAAGGACCUGGGAGCCGCCGAGCGCUUGUGGCUGUGCUGCCCCUCCCUGGUCCCGGUGCGCCUGGAGGGGCCCGGCCCGGGAGCUGCGAGGGCUCCGGGAGGCCGAAGGCUAAGCAUGGGGAAGAGCUGCAAGGUGGUCGUGUGUGGCCAAGCAUCUGUGGGCAAAACUUCCAUCCUGGAGCAGCUUCUGUAUGGGAACCAUGUAGUAGGUUCUGAGAUGAUUGAGACCCAGGAAGACAUCUAUGUGGGCUCCAUUGAGACCGACCGGGGGGUGAGGGAGCAAGUGCGUUUCUACGACACCCGGGGGCUCCGAGAUGGGGCUGAGCUGCCCCGGCACUGCUUCUCCUGCACUGAUGGCUAUGUCCUGGUCUACAGUACGGACAGCCGAGAGUCCUUUCAGCGUGUGGAGCUCCUCAAGAAGGAGAUCGACAAGUCCAAGGACAAGAAGGAGGUCACCAUCGUGGUCCUUGGCAACAAGUGUGACCUACAGGAGCAGCGGCGUGUAGACCCAGACGUGGCUCAGCACUGGGCCAAGUCCGAGAAGGUGAAGCUGUGGGAGGUGUCUGUGGCCGACCGCCGCUCUCUGCUGGAGCCCUUCGUCUACCUGGCCAGCAAGAUGACCCAACCUCAGAGCAAGUCUGCUUUCCCUCUCAGCCGCAAGAACAAGGGCAGCGGCUCCUUGGAUGGCUGAAGAGCUGCCAUCCCUUCUCCACCUUCCCAGCCUCAUUCUGGCUUCUGGGGCUCUGGAAGAUAUUCUCCAGGGGUGGGGUUAGGCAAGCUAUCCUUCCCAGGCCAGGCAGCUGGGCUGUCCCAGGCUCAGGUCACUUUUUGUUCCCUCCCAACUCUGGGAAGUGCCGAUAAUCUAGGCUAGUGCCCCCAAAUCCUCCCUCCCUUCCAGCUUUCAUGUUACCAACCCUGCUGCCAUCUGGGGCAGUUGUGGAUCAAUGUCCCCUACCACCUGCCCUGGAUAGGAAGCAGAGCUGCCCUGCAGAAGUGCCCAGUACAGUCUCUGGUUCCUAUCACAGGGGUCCCCCACUUGUGGGCUUCCUGGCCAGUGACAGACAGACACAGCCUCACACACUCACACUUAUGGCACCAGCCUGGACUCCAGAGAAAGGUGUCCGGGCAUCACGUAUGUGCGUGUAGAUAUGUACACAUGCGCAUGUGUAUGCGUGCUGGUGUCCAACUCCAACACCCUGAUCUUCUGUCCUCUCCUUGGCUGGAAGAAGCCAGCCUCCUGGGAAGUGUAAUUUUUGGCUUUAACUCUUCCCCACCCCCAACCUCCCAGUUGUUUUACUUCCUCUUCCUGCUCAGGGAGCACACAGCCCUUGGCCCCCUCAUUGGCGAGAUGGGAUGGAAUGAUGGCUGGGCUUCACCCGCUGGCUUUGGGACCCUGCAAGGCCUUUCCCCCUCUCUGGGUUUCAGUUUUCUCAUCUGUAAUGUGAUGGGAGUUGUUUAAACCGGAUCUCUCUGGAUCCUCUCCAGCCCUCUGAUUUGAUCCUGCCUGCAGCUUUGGGCUGGCUGUUCCUGUUCCCUCCGCUUCUCCCUCUUCAAGGUGCUAUGCCUACGGGCGCUGGAGGCUGAGACACUGCUCCCCACAACCACCAGGGGGCAGGAGUGCCCGCCCAGUGUCCGAUCAGUGGACCUCAUACUGGUGGGGCCUGGUCUUCACCCCUUCCUGUGGUUGUUUUCAGCUAAUAGGUGGACUUCUAUUUAUAAAUUACCUGUGUUUCUAUGCCUGCUGCCAUGGUGAAGGCUGGACACGGUGCUCCUCUAGCCUUUCCUUACCUCAGAUGCCUGAACAGAACAAGGCAAACCAGUAGCAGCUUCUCAGAGCUGACAGAUCUGUCGGGGCUCAGAAGGGUGGUUACACUUUCAACAUGCUAUAAAGUGAGCUUGUCACCCACA